GGCUGCCUGGCUAGGGCCCUUGGGCUUUGCAUCCCCCAGGCUGGAUUAAGGGAGCAUUGCUCUUGGCUUUUGUUGGGAAUUUUAAUUCAAGGGAGCCCCGGGGCCUCCCCACAAACCCUGUCUGUAUAAUGUGUCAUGACAAAAGGAGAUUCGACCACAAAGUGCAAAAUCAUUCUGUGUCAGUCCACUCCAGUAUCUUGCCUCUUGCAGCAGCAAAGGGGAAGGUGAAAUCCCCACAAUGCACCUGGCCAGCUUUGCUGUUCUCUGCCAUAGGGUGGAUAUUGAGGUGGAGGAUUACUACCCAGCUUUCCUGGAUAUGGCGCUGAACCUGCUAGAUGGCCAUAUGGAUUCAUCCCAGCAUGAGGACUCCCUGUGUGAGAUGUUCACCAUUCAUGCCUACAUCGCCUUUACCGUGGACAAGCUGAUCCAGAGCAUUGUUAGACAGCUGAUGUUCAUUCAGAGCAGAGGCCGGGUCCAAUUAACCAUCGAGCUGCUGGACACCGAAGAGGAGAACUCAGAUGACCCUGUAGAGGCAGAGCAUUGGUCAGACUACGUAGAGCAGUACGUCAACUCUGAUUCUACCUCUCCCGAACUUCGGGAACACCUGGCCCAGAAGCCGGUUUUCCUGACAAGGAACCUGAGGCGGAUCCGUAAGUGUUGGCGUGGUCGGGAGCAUCAGGAGAAGGAAGGGAAGGAGGGAAACAGUAAGAAGUCCAUGGAGAAUGUGGAGAGCUUGGACACGCUGGAGUGUAAAUUCAAACUGAACUCCUAUAAGAUGGUGUACGUGAUCAAAUCGGAGGAUUACAUGUACAGGAGGACCGCUCUGCUGCGUGCUCAGCAGGUAGGAGUUGAGUGA